AUGACGCCGCCGCAGCCGCCGCGCCCGCCGCGCGGUGGCGGCGCCUCCUACUCGUCGCCGCCCAGGUGCACGCCGCUGUACAUCAGCGAGCUCCACUGGUGGACGACGGACGCGGAGGUGGAGGCCGCGCUCGCGCCCGCGCCGCACGGCGCCGCCGCCGCGCUAUACGGCCUCCACUUCUACGCCGAAAAGUUCACCGGCGAGUCGCGCGGAAUCUGCCGCGCCGACUUCCUCCAUCCAGCCGCGGCCGCCUCCGCCGCCACUGCGCUCCAUGGCCACGCCUUCCACGGGCGCCACUGCGUCGCCUCGCUCGACCGCCCGCCCUCCCUCCACCGCCUGGGCGACGACUCCGACUCCUACGCCGAAGCCGCCCGGUCCCCCAACCCUACCAGAGGCCUCGGCAACGGCGGUCGUGGUGUGAGCGAUGCGACGGCGUCGAUGGGACAGUACAAUGCGGGGAUGGGCAAUGGUAUGAUGUCGUCGGCAUUGGCACACCACAUGAACCCACCGUUCUUUGCAGCUAGUGGGAUGGCGAUGCAAGGCUCAGGAGCCUUGUAUGGUCAGGGGAUGCCUGGGGGCUUAUGGGGUGCACAGCAGGAAUAUAAUUUCAGAAGUUGUCAAAUGCCAUGGCAGCAGCUAAGAGCACCAAGGCAGCACCAACAGGCACAUCAGCAGUUUGGGAAUGGGAACUACGGGAAGCAGGGGCGUGGCUUAAGACGUGAAGGACUAAGUAAUAAGAACGAGGAGAGGAGCAUUGGCAAUGUGAGAUAUCCGAAUAGAAGACAGGCUGACCGUGAUGGGGGUGAUUAUUACAAAGAGAAUGAUUGUGAGAAGGGUCUCUAUCAGGUGCGCAUCGUGGACAAGGAAAGGGAGCAGGAGAAGCACUGGAAUCAGAGAGAUCGACAUGGUUGUGGCAAUAGGAGGUACCAGGAGUACACUGAGCGUGCUGACCACGAUAGGAGAGUACGGGCAAGGUCAAGGAGCCAAUCAAGGGAUGAUGGUGAUGAUGAUCAUCCAAGGAGGCGGCGCUAA